AUGGGAGUCAUGCAAAAUAUCCGCCGAUCUGAGAUAUCAUCAAAUUCCCCGAAAACAACUCAUGGGAGGAGGAGUUUCCAAUUCAUUAACAAUAACAACUCUCCUAAUUCCUCCUCUCAUUCACCAUUAUCUUCUCCAAUUCACACCUUCUCCUCUAAAUCCAUGAAUAUGGAAGAUAACAUCAAAAACGCCAUGACCAUCAUCACUAAAUGGGACAUCAAUUCCUCAUCCUUCAACAAGUUCCUCUCUUUAUUCGACGGUGCUAAUCGAGGAGAAUCCAGAGAGUUCAUCAAAUCCGUCAUGGGUUUACGUCGCGCCAUGCAUUUCUUAGUCUCAGAGAAUUCCAGCUCCGACAAACUAAUCCUUGCUCAAAACUUAAUGGAAACGGCUAUGUUGAGGCUGGAGAAAGAAUUCCAUCAGAUUCUCUCCGUCAGCCGCCACUACCUGGAUCCUCAAUCGGUCUCAAGUCAAUCUUCACGGAUGAAAUCUCGAUUGAGCAUCUCCGACGAUGAUGAUUACAAUACCACAGUUGGAUCCGAAGAGGAGAUCAUUCAGAAAACAGGGGAAGCGAUCUCUGAAGCAGAGAGGCUUUCGGAGAUCGCUAUGUUGGAUCUUAAGAUUACAGCUGAUUGUAUGAUAAGCUCCGGUUACGGAACAGAGUGCCUUAAAAUAUAUAAACUCAACCGGAAGUCAGUUGUCGACGAAUCUCUCUACCGUCUCGGCAUGCAAAAAUACGCUUCUUCCGCCAUUAAUAAAAUGGAUACACAAGCUCUUGAUCGUCACAUCAAGAGUUGGCGGCGAUCUAUAACCAUCGCUGUGAAAACGCUCUUCCACGGCGAGAGAUUCCUCUGCGAUCACGUCUUCUCCUCUUCUAAGAAAAUCCGUGAAUCAUGUUUCGCCGAUAUCUCAAGUGAGGCAGCAGCGAAUAUCUUCCGAUUCCCGGAGCUAGUAGCGAAGACGAAACAGAGAUCGCCGGAGAAAAUUUUCCGGUUGAUGGACUUGUACGAUUCGAUAUCGCAACUCUCGCCGGACAUUGAUUCCAUUUUCUCAUUCGAAUCGGUCUCCUCUGUUAAACUACAAGCUCUAAACUCACUUCUCAAGAUCGGCGAUUCUGUCAGAACGUUAUUGUCAGAAUUCGAAUCAUCAAUCCAGAAAAACACAUCAAAAAUAGCGAUUCCCGGCGGUGGAAUUCACCCUUUAACCGAUUCAGUCAUGGAUUAUGUAACUUUGCUUUCCAAUUACAGUGGGGUACUCAGCGAUAUCGUCGAUGAUUCAGAAUCUCUGCCGAAAUCGCCGAUGCUAGAUGCUCCGGCACCGGCGGUAUCAGUCCGGCUAGCAUGGAUCAUACUUGUACUUCUCUGUAAACUUGACGUGAAAGCAGAGCUCUACAACGACGUCGCUUUAACCUACCUAUUUCUAGUCAACAAUCUUCACUUCAUUGUCCAAAAAGUCCGGACCACUAAUCUUAGGUAUAUUUUAGGUGAAGAAUGGAUACUAAAAAAUGAUAAGAAGGUGAGACAAUACGCAACUAGCUACGAGAGAGUAGCGUGGAGCAAAGUGUUCACUUCUCUACCCGAUAACAAUUCAAUGGAAGAAUCGCUUGAAACAAUUAAGGGUCGUUUUCGAAAAUUCAACAUCGCCUUUGAGGAGGCGUAUCAAAAGCAAAUGUCGUGGGUGGUUCUCGACGAAGGGAUUAGAGAUGAGAUCAAACUUUCGAUAGAGAGGAAGUUGGUGCCGGCAUAUAGGGCAUUUUAUGAAUGCAAUAUCGUGAUGGUUCGUGGGGAGAGGAAUCACGAGAAUUUGGUAAAGUAUUCGGCUCACAAUAUGGGGAAUUAUUUAUCAGAUAUUUUACACGGAAGUGCUAUGUCUGAGAUCUUGCCAUCUUUUUCUUCGUCAACGCGAACAUCUUUUUCUUCAUCGACGCGGACAUGCAAGUAUACAUGUAUUCCUUAG